GCGAUAGUGCAGCAGAAGCGGCAGCGGUUCCAGCGCGUCCCGUCGGGUCCCCCCAGGAGCGCCAUGGCGGAGCUGUGCCCCCUGGCCGAGGAGCUGUCGUGCUCCAUCUGCCUGGAGCCCUUCAAGGAGCCGGUCACCACGCCCUGCGGCCACAACUUCUGCGGGUCGUGCCUGGACCAGACGUGGGCCGUCCAGGACCCGCCGUACCUGUGCCCGCAGUGCCGCACCGGCUUCCAGACGCGGCCACAGCUGCACAAGAACACGGUGUUGUGUGCGGUGGUGGAGCAGUUCCUGCAGGCCGAGCAGGCCCGUCCCGAGCUCCCCGACGACUGGACGCCGCCCACCCGGGCCGCCGCCCCCAGCCCGGCCGGCCAGGUGGCUUGCGACCACUGCCUGCAGGCGACCGCCGUCAAGACGUGCCUGGUGUGCAUGGCCUCCUUCUGCCAGGAGCACCUGCGGCCGCAUCUCGACAGCCCCGCCUUCCGGGACCACCCGCUGCAGCCGCCCAUCCGUGAGCUGAUGCGCCGCAAGUGCCCCCAGCACAACCGGCUGCGGGACUUCUUCUGCCCUGAGCACGGCGAGUGCAUCUGCCACAUCUGCGUGGUGGAGCACAAGACCUGCUCGCCUGCGCCCCUGAGUCAGGCCAGCGCUGACCUGGAGAACAAGUUGAGGCAUAAACUGACUCUCACGUACAGUCAGAUCAACGGGGCAUCAAGAGCACUGGAGGACGUGAGAGCCAGGCAGCAGGACGUGCGGGAGGUUGCACACAGGAAGAUGGACCAGCUUAGACAAGAAUACCUGGAAAUGAAGGCUCUCAUUGAUGCCUCAGAGGCCAGCUCCACACGAAAGAUAAAGGAAGAGGAGAAGAGGGUCAACAGCAAGUUCGACAGCAUUUAUCAGAUUCUCCUCAAGAAGAAGAGUGAGAUCCAGACCCUGAAGGAGGAGAUUGAACUUGCCCUGACUAAGGGGGACGAGUAUGAGUUUCUGGAGAAAGCAGCAAAACUGCAAGGAAUCACGACGAAGCCAGUCUACGUCCCCAAGGUGGAGCUGAAUCACGAGCUGCUAAAGGGUGUCUGUCAGGGCACCUCUGAGCUCAAAAAUGAGCUGAAGCAGUACCUCAAACAGCUCCAGGACAAGAAGCCUGAGGAGCUCAUCAUCCCAGGGGGCCCUGGAGGACAUGGCCUGUUGCACAUUCCGAAACCCCCACGGCCUGUGAAGAAGAUCCCAAAAGAAGAAAAGAAACCCAAGAAACCUCCCCCAACCAUUGCCUCACCCAGCAAGCUUCCCACCUUUGGAGUCCCAGAACUUUUAGUGGAUCUCAAGCAAACUGGCCAGGAGGCUGAGGCCAAAGUCCCCACCGUACUGCCGACCCCGGUGUCUCUCAAGGCCAAGGUGCUGGAGACCUUCCUAGCCAAGUCCAGGCCUGAGCUCCUGGCGUAUACUGUUAAAGUCAUCCUGGACUACAACACUGCCCACAGCAAGGUGGUUCUGUCCGAGAACUACACCGUAGCUUCUGUGGCUGACACAUGCCACAACUACCGACCACAUCCCCAGAGGUUCACAUACUGCUCUCAGGUGUUGGGCCUGCACUGCUACAAGAAAGGGAUCCACUACUGGGAGGUGGAGCUGCAGAAGAACAACUUCUGUGGGGUGGGCAUCUGCUAUGGCAGCAUGGAACGGCAGGGCCCUGAGAGCCGGCUCGGCCGCAACAGUGCCUCUUGGUGCGUGGAGUGGUUCAAUACCAAGGUCUCUGCCUGGCACAACAACGUGGAGAAAACCCUGCCCUCCACAAAGGCCUUGCGAGUGGGCGUGCUUCUCAACUGCGACCAUGGCUUUGUCAUCUUCUUCGCCGUGGCUGACAAGGUCCACUUGUUGUAUAAGUACAAGGUGGACUUUGCUGAAGCUCUGUACCCGGCCUUCUGGCUGUUCUCCACAGGUGCUACGCUCUCCAUCUGCUCCAAGUAGGCAGGCUGUGGACGCUUGGCCUGACUGCCUGUGCGAUGCCCAAGACUCUAGUGAAGAUGCUGUAGGUGGAGCUCUCGGGGAGGUUCCUGAGAGUCCCCAGGGGCUGAAAGGAUGGGAGGGGAGCUGGUGAGGGUGGGAGGUUAGGGAGAUGGGAUAAGAGGAUGGGUUUGGCCAGGGAAAGGGAUGGGGUGAUUGCGUUAUGGGUGAGGAAGCCUUUCUGCCUCCUGGUGCCCAUCAGGCAGGAUGGCCCCCUCCCCUCGUUCUGGUAGAUCUCCAGGCUGCUGGGUGGCCGGGUGGGGCUUUGGGGAGUGAAGUCAUUAGUGCCCCUCUGCUCUUGGACAUAAUCUAUAGCCACUGUGGGUUCUUCCUUAGGCCUCUGGUGUCCGCCUCUCUGCUGUCUGGAGUAGCCUUCAAAUCUUGGAGUUUUGAUGAUUCUCUAUAGAGCUACUUAACUCUAUAGAUUUUUUAAAAAAUUCCAAAGUCAUUGAAUUUCAUUAUUAUUCACCCUCCACUACCUACAUGUGGGAGUUGGGGUGAAUGCUCAGACUUCUGGUUAUUUUCUGUGCUUGAGGGAAGCUACGCACAACAGGUCUUCACCCAGACCAGAGUUUCCCAAAGAAGUAUGUCCUUUUCCUCCACGGUUUCCGUUUCUGUUUUGGACCUCAGCACCCCAUCCAUGGUUUUAAAAUGUUUAGUCCAACAGGAACCUUUUCAGUCUAAGAUUUCAAACCAUAAUCUGAAUCAGCCUGUUUUGGAUUUGUGAUUCAGGGUCAAGGUGACCCAGGUCCUAUGUGGCUAGAAACCCCUCCCACUCUCAUGUAUUAUGAAAGGCAUCUCAGCAGAGAUGCCUCGGCUGCAACUACGGAGCCUUCUUCCCCUAGUGCAGGCUUUGGGGCAAGGCUCUUCACCAGGCAAGAGGGACCCUGACUGCGUUCACAGUUGGUGGUUUUGCUCUUAUCAGAGCGUCUUGCCUUCUCACUGAUCACUCUCCUCAGUGGUAGCCUCCGUUCCCCAGGAUUGUGAGAUCCUGCACUGGCUGGUGGAGGUACCACCGUGGCCAGCACAGUGGAGCGUUCAGCUAAGCCCGCUGUCAGGCAGACAGGCCAGGUGUGGCUACCUCAGGGACCAUACUCGGUCACCUGCUGGGCUGACUACCUAUGGCCAGAAGGGCCUUCCAGCAGAUCCAUGGGAAACAGCAACAUUCCUGUUCAACCCAGCACUGGGCCUUGGAUGAGUCGGAGGCCUGUCACCGGCCCUAGCCCUUUCUGCUUUCUUCCUCAUUUGAGCCAAUUCCAGGUGUAGGAAUUGACCAGGCAAAGGGUCAGGAAGACUUAAGGACCAGGGAGGAAAGAAGGUGCCAGGCUUAAGCACAAGGGGCGAUUUUUCCUGCAGUGUUUCUGUGCAGUGAAAAUAACCCCAGUCCACUCAGGGCGGGAGUGAAUGGAUGCUGGAAUUUCCCAAGCUCCUUAUAUCCUGGCAUUGUCAGGAUGUAAGUUCUGAUCCCCAAAGUGAGAGAAAUGUAACCUCUUGUGGUGAAAUGUGUCCUGCUCUGGGCUUUGCCAAGAGGAGAGCUGAGGUCAGGCUCCUUGUGGUAUGAAAAGGACAAUACCACUGGAGACAGGGACCCCAGGCCUUUCCAUAUGGAGGUUUGACAAGUUAGCACUUCUGGGGCCUUGUGCUGGGCCCCCAGGGCACUCUAGUCCGGCCCAGAGCACUUGAUAUUUCUGACAGAUGUGUUCAUCUGUGUCACCUCCCAACAAGAACUUCCACUUCCUUGGGAGAGAAAUCAUCUCUGUAGGGAAGAUCCCCCUGCAAUAGCUGAAAUGUGGUUUUUAAAAGUUUUCUUCCUUUGCUCCUGGGAAGAAAAGUUCUUUGUUGAUUCUUCUCUGCUUUUGGAGAUGGUCCAAAGCAUCUUCAUUGAUCUCCUGAAACAAAAGCCUUGCUUGAAGCCAGUUUAUACUCGGGAAGCAGCUGGGUUUAGAGGAGAAUGCAGAAGAUUAAACCACAGGUCCUGCUUGGGCUCUUCUGCAGAAAUGAGGGCAGCCAAGAGGGCUGUUCCCUGAUGGUCGAUCAUCCAGCUCAGGAAAGGGAAGCAUGAGCCCCUCUGUUGAUGAGAGGCAAGCAGGUAACCCAAGGUGAGCCCUGUGUGGGUUCUUUGCGUGAACUGAGGGGCAUUCCGAACCAUUCUGUUUCCAGUGGUGAGACUUUACAUCCCCUCCCUUGCCUUGCGGGGCCGGUGCCCGACACUAGAGCCCUAGAGUUGGGGGAAAUCUUGUGUUCAUCUGACUUCCCGUUUUGCAAAGUAAGUCAGAUGGGGAGGUAUUGGAUGACUCCACUCACCGCUCUUGACAUCCCAUUAUGGAGGAGGUGCCUCCUUAGAUGCCCCUGGUACCCUGGAGGAAGGGUCAGAACUUCCCAGAUACACAGACAUAAAAACACUCUCCCAACCUAGGUAUCAGGGGCUGUCUCAGUCACUCUGGCGUGAUAAACGAAAAGUCAGGGUCAAGUUUUUGUUAUUAUUCAAGGGCUGAUUGAUUGGUUCUCCUGUUAUAAUUACUCUGAAAUGGGUCUGUGAUCUAUAACUAAUACUGAUACAUUAUUUCUUACCUUAUUCUGCCCCACCUGUAUUGAUUUUAAAUAAUUAGGAGUAUUUCAGCUUAUAUUCUUGAGCUUAUAUUUUUAAGAGUUGAUUCUUUCAGAGAUAGUAAGGGCUGUAGACACAGAUCUUCUGAAACCCAUGAGAAAUACCAGGGCCAAGGCUGGCUGACAUGCCUUAGAAGCUUUGAAUGCAAUAAAGCUGUGUGUGGUAUUGUUUCACACAUUGCAGUGUGUGUAGAAAGUAUUACUUAUCUGUCAUGCUGGAGUCAGCAAAUGAGGUGUCCAAGGGCCUCUGGCUGCCCCCCCCCCCAGAUGCCUGGGGGCUGAGAUUUCAGCAGAACUAUAGCCCAUUUGAGGCUGCCAUGGGUGUGGCAGCCCCUCAGGAAGCUUUCGAUGCUGAAAUCUCAGCCAGAUAAGAUGUCCUUCUGGGCUUUGCAUCAGGAUGGGGGUGGGGAGAAAGGGGAGGGGUAUGAGUGAAAAGGUAAAUAAACCACAAUGGGGUAAUCAGGGAAACACUGAUGGAAGUGGGAGGGUUCAUUGUAUGAUUCCUUCUGUUGUUGCCUCUGUUUGAAAAUUUCUAUAAUAAAAAGUUUAAAAAAUGAAACAAAAACCAGCCAGCAAUGGGCCCUGUUCACGGAUUUUUAUCCUUGUUUGAAGAGAGGUAGGAGUUGUGGUUGGUAUGGAUUUGAGGUUGUUGAAUAAUAAUUUGACUGGCUCUUGUCUCUUAUUCCUGGUGGGGAGAUGCUAAAUCCUUGGAAUUUCCCCAGUAAUACGAGAGUCCUUAUUAUUCAUGAGCCCCUUGGAUCACACCUGAAUUUAUACUAAGAAGUGAGAUGACCCAGGAUCGGGGCUGGUCGGCAGAGAGACCAGGCAUGAGAUUAGAGGGUUGGUCUCAUUGAGCCAGCCUCACCCCCAGGAGGGGAGAGGGGCUGGAAAUCGAGUUGAAAUAUGUGGUCAGUGAUUCAAUCAGUCGUCCCUGAUGAAAGCUAGGCACCCCGAAGAUCUGAAACAGGAGGGAAGGGGGCAGGGCACAACCUUUGAAAGAAUGACAUAGCCCGAGGACAUGACAUAAACUGAUUAGAAGCAAAUGAGUCCAAGCUGGAGGACAAGUCGACUUCCACUAGACCUUGAGCCUCAGUAUACACUUUUCUUUUUUUUAAGUGUAUUUAUUUUAUUUAUUUUUAUUUUUGGCUGCAUUGGGUCUUUGUUGCUGCGCGCGGGCUUUCUCUAGUUGCGGCGAGCAGGGGCUACUCUUCAUUGCGGUGCGUGGGCUUCUCAUUGUGGUGGCUUCUCUUGUUGUGUAGCAUGGCCUCUAGGUGCACGGGCUUCAAUAGUUGUGGCACGUGGGCUCAGUAGCUGUGGCUUGUGGGCUCUAGAGCACAGGCUCAGCAGUUGUGGCGCACGGGCUUAGUUGCUGCGUGGCAUGUGGGAUCUUCCUGGACCAGAGCUCGAACCCAUGUCCCCUGCAUUGGCAGGCGGAUUCUUAACCACUGUGCCACCAGGGAAGCCCAGUAUACGCUCUUUCUAACACAUCAGCAAGCUAAAUGACACAGCCACAGGCACCAUGACAGUUCCAAGGCCUACCAUAAGGAUCAAAAAGUGGGUGGUGGCCCAAUUCCUCUAAAUCCCCACCCCUUCCUGAAAUAGCUGGAAUACUCCUCCCACUCAUUAGCCUAUGUAAUUACCCACCCCUAUAAAAACUGAGAACCCCAUACCCUGGGGCUGCUCUCAGCUUCUGAGAUGGCCCACACUCUGUCUGUGGAGUGUGUUUCUUUCUAAAUAAAGCCACUUCUUACCUAUCACUUUGUCUCUCACUGAAUUCUUUCUGCAAUGAGACAUCAAGAACCUGAGCUUCAUUAAGUCCUGAAACCAGGUGUGUGAUCUCAGUUGGAAGACCGUGGGUUUUGGCCGGGUUUGAGUCCCGGCACAUGGGUUCAAGUCCUAAUCUGAGGUGCAUGGUUUCAGCUCCACUGAACACCCUGCUUCCACAGGAGCUCUGGGUUGGUGUCCCUUCUGGACCUCACUCCAUGUGUCUCUUCAUUUGGGCAGUCUUGAUCUGUAUCCUUUACAAUAAAACUGUAAUCAUAAGUGUAGCGAUUUCCUGAGCUCUGUGAGUUCGAGUAACACACUGAAGCUGGGGGAGGUCGUGUGCUAUAGACCAGAGGUUGGUGCUGCCGCCCAAUUCAUAUGUUGAAACCUCACCCCCAGUGUGGUGGUAUUGGAGGUGAUUAGAGGGUGGCACCCUCAUGAAUGGGGUUAGUGCCCUUAUACGUGAGACCCCAGAGAGCUCCCUCACCCCUUCUGUCGUGUGAGGACACAGCAAGAAGACAGCUGUCUAUCAACAAGGAAGCAGUUCCUUACCAGACACUGAAUCUGCCAGCGCCUGCUUCUUGGACUUCAGCCUUCAGAGCUGUGAGAAAUAAGUGUUUUUGCAUAAGCCACCCAGUUUAUGGCAUUUUUGUUAUAGCAGACCAAACUAAGCCUUCUGGACGUGUGUGUAGCCAGUUGGUCAGAAGUGUGGGUGGCCUGGGGACCCCUGAAGUGUGGCUGGGGUCUGAAGUGAGGGCAGUCUUGCUGGGACUGUGUCCUUUGGCCUGUGGAGCCUGAAUCUGACUCCGACUCCAGGGGUUAUCAGCAGAAUUGUACUGCAGGAUGCCAGCUGGUGUCAGAGAGAGAUGGCAGGACUUGCAAACUUUGAAUAAGCCCUUGACCAACUUGUCAGAAUAAACUACACUGUUCUUUCUUUCUUUUUAAACAUUUCUUAUAGCAGGUUUAUUUGCAAAAACUGGAAACAACCCAAGUGUCCAUCAACAGGGUGAAUAGAUAAACAAAUUUUGCUGUAGUCAUACAGUGGAAAACUGCUCAGCAGUAUAAGGAAGGAACUAUUGAUGCACAUGAAAACAUAGAUAAAUCUCAAAAUAAUUAUGCUGACUGAAAAAAGCCAGACGUGAAAGAGUACAUAGUGUAUGAUUGCAUUUAUGUAAAACUCUAGAAAAUGCAAACUAUCUAUAGUGACAGAAAGCAGUUCAGGUAUUGCCCCGGAAGGCGGGUGGGCAGGAGAGGCUGCAGGGAGGGAUUAUAAUGAGGCAUGAGGAAACUUAGGGGAAGAUGGUUAUGUUCACUAUCUUGAUCAAGGUGAUAGUUUCAUGGGUAUUUGCAUAUGUCAAAACUCAAAUUGUACAACUUAAAUAUAUGCAGUUUACAGUGUCAAUUAUACCUCAAUAAAGCUUUUUUUAAUUUUUAUUGAAGUAUAAUUGUUAGCUCCAGAUGCACAAUAUAGUGAUUCAAUAUUUCUAUACAAGAUGAUCACCACGAUAAGUCUAGUUACCAUCUGUCACCAUCAGUCUCCCUCACCUCUUUCAUUCAUCCCCACAACCCCCUCCCCUCUAGCAACAACCUGUUUUGUUCUCUGUAUCUAUGAGUCUGUUUCUGUUUAAAACACAUUGUUCUAUAUAUGGAAUCUAAAAAAAAAAAAUAAUGUUCUGGUGAACCUAGGGACAGGACAGGAAUAAAGAUGUAGAUGUAGAGAAUGAACUUGACACGGGGAGGGGGAUGGGUAAGCUGGGACAAAGUAAGAAAGUAGCAUUGACGUAUAUCCACUACCAAAUGUAAAAUAGAUAGCUAGUGGGAAGCUGCUGCAUCGCACAGGGAGAUCAGCGCAGUGCUUUGUGACCAC